ACACCUAGAAACCUACUUGCACCAUACUGAGCAUGCCCAGGUUUCCAGACUAUCUCAUGGUGGGCUGAGGUCUCUGAACUUUCUUUCUUUCCUGGGAAAAUUCCUUCUUUGUUGUUGAGGAAUCUGUUGUGUGACAUUCGCUGUGUGACCUGGAGUGAGUGUCCUGGAUCAGAGGAGCACCAAAGGGAAACGAAGUACAAGUUCACCUGCAAUUGGUGGUAUGUAAUAGUGACAUUUUUACCUAAAUUCCAAUUUAAUGUUUAAUGUUUUUUUUAAGAUUUGAAUUUAUUUGUGCAGAGGUCAGAGGAGGCUGUCCAGUAUCCUGCGCCAUUGUUCUCUGCCUUACUCAUUUGAGAAAGGAGCUCUUACUGAACCUGGAGCUGAACUGGUGGCCAGCAAAUCCAAUGGUUCCACAGCCUUGGGGAACAGGCGUGUGCAGGCAUGCCCAGCUUUUCACAUGGGUUCUGGGAGUCUGAACUCAGCUCCUUAGGUUUGUACAGCAGGUGCUUUUACCUGGACUCCUGGAAACCUUGCACCAGACGUGUGGUGAGGGUACAUCCUGCCAGAGCUACCCACAGGCUUACAGGGGAAUUUCCAUCUGUUCUGGGAAGUCAGUGCUUUGGGCAGCGUCUUAGUGAGGAGCAGAGUCUAUAGAAGACGCAGCCGCAAGACUCCCAGAUGAACAACCGAAAGGAAGAUAUGGAAAUCACUUCUCACUACCGGCAUCUGCUUCGAGAGCUCAACGAGCAGAGGCAGCACGGAGUCCUUUGUGAUGUGUGUGUUGUGGUGGAGGGCAAGGUCUUCAAGGCACACAAGAACGUCUUGCUCGGGAGCAGCCGCUACUUCAAGACACUCUAUUGCCAGGUACAGAAGACCUCUGACCAGGCCACCGUCACUCACCUGGACAUUGUCACAGCCCAGGGCUUCAAGGCCAUCAUUGACUUCAUGUACUCUGCUCACCUGGCGCUCACCAGCAGGAAUGUCAUUGAGGUGAUGUCAGCUGCUAGCUUCCUGCAGAUGACUGACAUCGUGCAGGCCUGCCAUGACUUCAUCAAAGCUGCACUGGACAUCAGCAUCAAGUCAGAUGCCUCAGACGAACUCUCUGAGUUUGAGAUUGGCACCCCAGCCAGCAGCAGCACAGAGGCGUUGAUCUCAGCUGUGAUUGCUGGGAGGAGCAUAUCCCCAUGGCUGGCUCGGAGGACAAGCCCCGCCAAUUCUUCUGGAGACUCUGCCAUUGCCAGCUGUCAUGAAGGAGGAAGCAGCUAUGGAAAGGAGGACCAGGAACCUAAGGUUGAUGGCCCUGAUGACAUUUCUUCACAGGCUUUGUGGCCUGGAGAUGUAGGCUAUGGGUCUCUACGCAUCAAGGAGGAACAGGUUUCACCAUCGCAUUAUGGAGGCAGUGAGCUUCCGUCCUCCAAGGACACUGCAAUGCAGAACUCCUUAUCAGAACAGGGUGCUGGGGAUGGCUGGCAGCCCACAGGCCGGAGGAAGAAUCGGAAAAACAAAGAGACUGUCCGACAUAUCACGCAGCAGGUGGAGGAGGACAGCCGGGCUGGCUCCCCAGUUCCCUCAUUCCUGCCCACAUCGGGAUGGCCUUUCAGCAGCCGAGAUUCAAAUGUGGACCUGACUGUCACUGAGGCCAGCAGCUCGGACAGCCGAGGAGAGAGAGCAGAUCUGUACGCACACAUCGACGAGGGCCUUCUGGGAGGAGAAACCAGCUACUUGGGCCCACCCCUCACCCCAGAGAAAGAGGAAGCGCUGCAGCAGGCCACUGCAGUGGCCAACCUUCGCGCCGCCCUCAUGAGUAAGAACAGUCUGCUGUCACUCAAGGCUGACGUGCUCGGUGAUGACAGCUCGCUUCUGUUCGAGUACCUGCCCAAGGGUGCCCACUCACUGUCUCUGAACGAGUUCACAGUGAUUAGGAAGAAGUUCAAGUGCCCCUACUGCAGCUUCUCAGCCAUGCACCAGUGCAUCCUCAAGCGACACAUGCGCUCACACACUGGAGAGCGGCCCUACCCUUGUGAGAUCUGUGGCAAGAAGUUCACCAGGCGAGAGCACAUGAAGCGACACACUCUGGUCCACAGCAAGGACAAGAAAUACGUGUGCAAGGUGUGCAGCCGUGUGUUCAUGUCUGCAGCCAGCGUGGGCAUUAAGCAUGGUUCUCGUCGUCAUGGUGUCUGUGCAGACUGUGCUGGCCGGGGUGUGGCCACACCGCUGGACCAUGGUGGAGGUGGUGAGGGCUCUCCUGAGGCACUGUUUGCUGGCGAAGGGCCCUACCUGGAAGACCCCGAUGAUCCACGAGGGGAAGGCGAGGAGGAGCUAGGUGAGGAUGAGGAUGAGGAUGUGGUCAAAUGGAAGGACGACGUGGGUUUGGCACACGAGGACGCGCUGCUGGGAGAUGACAAGGAUGAUGAGGACUCUCCACGGGGGCCGCACAGCCCCUCCGGGGAGCCUGAGAAGGACUUUGCCUGGAUCUCCUAGGGGCUUUGCUCUGGUGGGCAGGGUGGGUGGUGUGCACCUGUGUGUGUCUUAGUGGGUCUUUACUUACCCAGGAGCAGGGCCAUGCUGACUCCUUGAAGCUCUUCCUUCAGGCCCUCCUCUGGCCUAUAACCCUCCCCCCUUGCAGAAACUGGUCCUGUGAACUAAGAAGUGCGUGUGACUCCAGAGAUGGGGAGCACUAGGACCGAACAAAGUGAGGGGUACAGUGUAGGUUUAGGAAAGGGAGGCCUACUCCCACCUGCCCAGGUAUUAUGAAUGGAGUCCCCAGCGGGUGUGUCUACAUGUGUGAGCAGGGCUGCACCAGGGCCUGGGCAUGCUUCCUCAGGGUAUCAAAGGAGCCCUUUGCUGUGAACCUGGCUAGGAAUGCAAGAUGCCUCAGUGACCAGGUCAGGGUCAGCACUAGUUAGGGUCAUGAGGGCGAUCCCCCAGCCCUCAGGUCUGAGUAGGUGUUGAGUUUUGCAUAAAUACAAACUGUUCCACCCACAGCAUUGCUCAGUCUCCUUCCACCCCCAUCCUCUGGCAGUCAGGUUAUGGGCGAUGGCCCCUGUCACUUUGUCCUCUUGGUUCCUGCUGCCCCGUGGCAGCUGGUAGAAUCUAGUGGGCAUAAGCCCUGCAAUCCUUUUACCUCCAGGCUUUGGUGCUUAACAUAAAUGGCUGCAGAUGCCUCUCUGGAAGCCCAAGGCUCCAGGUGCUAUCUCUGUUGGAAGCAGCUACCCAACCGGCAGGCCAAAGGGGAAGAAGGCUCUGUUCAAGAAGGGACCUGUGGUUGGAUGCUUUCCCUGUUCAGGCCCACAUGGUUGAGUUGCAAGGGCCACAGCUCUUUGUUCCGUGUGCACUUUCUUGGAGAGCCCUGUUGUGCACCCUGAGUUCUGCCUGCGCCCUUGCUGACCCCUCCUUGGACCAGAUAGAGCUCAAGCUCCUGCCUUUGUUGCUGCUAACACUGGAGGUGGGUGUUCCUAGCUGCAGUGUGCUGCUGACGCCUCCCUGCCUAGGAACCAAAUUUUAAAGAAGUCAGAGACAUUUUCAGGUGGUUACUACAGGUUACUUUGUUUCAAAUUGCUUUUUCACUUAGUAGGACUCUGCGCAAGUGGUUUCGUUUAAAUCUUCAACUCUUCUUCCUGUUAUUUCUAACGGCGCUCACACUUGCUCUGUGAAAAGUGUGGGCUUAAUUUCUAUGGCUCUGAGGCCCAGAGAGGCAGCUGUCCAUGUAACCUGCAGGAUAGAUACAGAUGCUGCAGCCUGCCCUCUUCUUGAGGCCAUUUCUAACAAACCAUGAAACAUUCCAUCCCUCACCCACCUCAUCUCCCAAGGGCCCACUGAACUCGUGUUCAGUGCAUCCUCUGGUGAGGUGCUGAUGGGCUAACCCCACCCUGUGCAAGGGCUCAUCAGGCUAAAUCAUUAGGGCCAAUUAGAGAAUUUUGGUUUUCCUUUCUCAAACACUAAGUCAAAUGGCUUUUAACUCCCUCCCCCUGCCCCUUCUGUUCUCACUGGGUAAGUAAGAGGAAGCCCCAUCAAACUAAUUUAGGUCCCAGUGGUUAUAAAGAUAUGUCACCUGGUGACAUUCCCCAAGUACCAGCUGCCUGAGCUACAGAAGGAACGGGGCCAGGACUCUACAGAGUGUAGGAGCCAUUGUCUGAAAGCUGUGUCCUCUCCACUCCCUGCCCUCUCCCUCUGAGGCAUGCUGGUUCUGGAGUACAUUUCCGUCCAGUGUGGUAGCGUAGCUAGACCCCCUUUCACCAACAAAACUCCAGGUUGAGACCGUCUAGCCUUGCCAGGCCCCCAGAGGGCUCCCAAACUUAGAACUUCCUCCCUCUUUUACAAUGCCUUUUCUAAACACUUUCUUAUAAAAUGCAUUUGGAAACUAGACCUUUGCUACCACUGUCUCUGGGUUUUUGUAUCAGUCCCUACUUCUCAGGCUGCCCUGCCCAGGACCCAGGACCCCGGCCCACCUCCCAAGGCACCUGUGCCUCCACUCUCAGGAUGUCUUGCUCUGACUGGCCUCCCUUCCAGACUUGCCUUUGCUGGCCUUUCUGGGGUUCCCUGUUGGUACCACGGGGCACUUCCUUUAAAACCAGUACUGUACCAGAAAACUGAGGGUCCCAGUUCUGGUCCCACCACCUUCCAAGUGUUUGCCAUGUGGCAGGCUUUGUUCUGGCUCAGUUUCCAGUUGGAAAGUGGAAUUCUAGAGAUCCAGAUGAACACAUCCAUCUCAGGAGGCAUGGAGGGAAAAGACGUAUGUAUUGAAGUUUUUUUUUUUUUUUAUGUGACUUUUUUUUUAUUCAAUGUUCAAACUAAUAAAUAUUUUUUUAUGAAGAAAAUGUGUAGAUUACAUUUCACAUUUUGUAUUUUUUGUGUGUGUGUGUCUGUAUUUUGGUGUUUGUAACACCAAAGUGGAAAAUAGAUUCCAUGGGGUGGGUGGUGUUAGGGUUGAGGUGGGAAAACGAUAUGAUUUUUGUACGGAUCUCUGGAUCCUGACCAGUUUGCGUAUUUGAACUCUGAGUUUUGGGGAACAGGACACUCCUAGGACUUGACAGGAACCUAACUCAAAAGACGCAGUUAUGUUUCCAAUUUUUCACAUUUUCCUUUAAAAAAACAAAACAAAACCCGAGGAAAUGCAAAACUGGAACUUUUUGCAAUAUUAUGAAAGAUAAUCUUACUUUGGCUCAUUCUAUGACAUGUACAACUCCUAAGAAAGCCAUAAUGGUGGUAUUAUUUUUUAGAUUCUAUUGUGUUUUGUAUGUGGCUCUUUUAGAAUCACUUGUAGUGAGGGUGCUGUGUGUGUGCUUUUCUUAUUUAUUUAUUUUUUAACAUGCUUUCAAUCUGUCAACAAAAAGUAAAAAAAAAGCAGUGUUUGAAGAUUGUUGAUUUUUUUCUGGGGAUAAUCUAUAUUAUAUUGACUUUAUAUUAAUUAUUAUAAACCUGUGUUUGUACUGAAGAUGUGUUUAAUAUUUGCAGAAGGCUUGUCAUAAUCAAUUGGUGGGGUUCACAGCGCCCACAGACAAGUAAAGAUUACCUUCUCUCUAGCAAUUCCUUGUCUGCCUCGGUGUACUCCAGGUUGCCUGUGGGUUUUCUUUCUGUGAUGGGAUUAGUGUAGACAUUCUUGCAAAGCGAUCACUUUAAAUAAAAUGGGAAAUUGCUGCUCUGUG